AUGAAUCAAUAUUUUAUUAUUUUUUUCUUGAUUAUAUUAAUUAUUAAUGGUUCUUAUUGUGAUUUAAAAAAAGAAGAUGGAUUUUAUUGUGAUAGAAAUAAUUUAAUUAAAUGUAAUAAUGGAGAUCAAAUUUAUUCUAUUACUUGUCCUUUAGGUUGUAAUCAAACUACUCCUUUUAAAACAACAUGUUCAGGAACAUCUUCAUGUUUUUAUGGAUAUCCAGGUAGUUUUUGUGAAUUAAAAGAAAAUAAUGAUGGAACAUAUAUUAAUGGAAUAACUAUAUGUCAUAGAAAUGGAUUACAACAUUAUUAUUCAUGUAUUCAUAAAUGUGAACAAUUAACUGAUUCAUUUGCUAAAUGUAUUCCUGAUGAUAAAUGUUCUCAAAUAACAACUACUUCAAAAACAUUUGGUUAUUGUCCAUCACCUCAUUAUUCAAUUUAUUCAAAUACAAAAUAUGAAAUGGCAUUAAAUGAUGCAUUAGCAAGAGAACUUCAUCAAGAAUUAUUAUUAAAAUCACCAUAUUGUCCAUUUAUGGCAUAUUUAACAUCAUGUAGUAUUGUAUAUCCUGAAUGUACAUCAAAUACAAUUAUAUUUAAUAAUGAUAAUAAUCAAUGUAUAAUAAAUUGUAAUAAUUAUUUAUUAUGUUCAAAAGCAUCAGGAAUUUCAGUAUCAUUAGAUUGUACAUUAUUAUGUUCAACAAAUACAAUAAAUAAUAUUAUUAAUAUUAUUUUAUUAAUUAUUUUAUUAUUCUAA